AUGGCUGCUUCUUCAUUUUCCAUUACCUUAACCACCAAAAUCCCCAAAUUCGCUUCUUCAACCCACCACAAAUCUCAUAAUUCCCAAAUCACCCAUCUCCGAUUCAAACCUUCCCCUAUUCGCACCCUCCUUCACUCCCCACGCAAACCAAUUAACCUCCGCACUAAAGCCGCCUCAGUCCAAUGCCUCUUCACCGGCCUCGUCGAAGAAAUAGGCACCGUCAAGCAAAUCGGAGCAUCCCCUGACGGCGGUUUCGACUUAAAGGUCAACGCAACCACAGUCCUCGACGGCAUCAAUCUCGGCGACAGCAUCGCCGUCAACGGCACAUGUCUCACCGUAACAGAAUUCGACACAAAAACUUCCGAUUUCACCGUAGGUCUAGCCCCGGAGACGCUUCGAAAAACUUCUCUCUCCGAAUUGGAAGCCGGAUCGCAGGUGAAUCUCGAAAGGGCGGUGACUCCGGUUACUCGAAUGGGCGGACAUUUCGUGCAGGGUCACGUGGAUGGCACGGGGGAGAUUGUUUCUAUGGUUCCUGAAGGGGAUUCUCUGUGGGUGAAAAUUAAGGUUGAGAAAGAGUUGCUGAAGUACAUUGUGCCUAAAGGGUUUAUUGCUGUGGAUGGAACUAGUUUGACUGUGGUUGAUGUUUUUGAUGAUGAAGUUUGUUUUAAUUUCAUGCUGGUUGCCUAUACUCAGGAUAAGAUUGUUGUUCCUUUGAAGAAGUUUGGUCAGAAGGUGAAUCUUGAAGUUGAUAUUCUUGGGAAGUAUGUGGAGAGGCUUCUUAGUAGUGGGUUUGUUUCCUCCAUUGCAACAAAGGUUGAUGCUCUCAAACUAUGA